GAACUUGAAGAGAUCUCUUUGCUCCCAAAGUUUUCAAAUUUUCAAAAUUUUCUUCUCCUUCCUUUUCAAAAUGUCCCAUCAGAGUUUAAAGUUUUUCCUGGUUGCCAUCUUCGCGGUGGGAUGGACGUACGGAGCUGCAGUACCGGCGGUGGUGGUGGGGGAGAAGCGUGAAAUGCCACAGGGGGGUCCAGGGGGAUAUAGUGGGUAUGGGAGUGGGUACGAGAGCAGUGGGGGUGGAUAUGGGGGAGGAUCUGCGCCUGCGCAGCAGCAAGCACCAGGGUACGCCAUGCAGCCACCCAUGCAACAGUAUGGAGGCACACCCCCCUAUACGAAUCCGGGAUUUUCCGUGCAAACGGGGAUUGAAGGAUAUUUGGUCCCCAACUCGCAGUUUGGCAUCCUCCCCUGGGGCAUGGAAGGUGUCGUCGUCGUGAUCGCCGCGGUCAUCGUGUUCAUCGUCAUUUCCGUCGCUAUUGUCGGACUGCUCGCGUGGCUGACGGGUUUCGGGGAGUACGCGAUCGUGAAGGAAUCCGCGAGAAACCUGCUGCCCAGCCGGAUCGAUUUCGAAACCAUCACCGACGUGACGAACACCGUGCUGGACGCGUUGGACAAGUAUGAUGACCUCCAAAUGCAAAAGUUGACCAAGUGAAGGCGGCAUCCUGAUUGAUAUUUAUUUACUUAAUUAAGAAUUAAUUAAGAAUUAAUUAAUUAACCUUCACAAGGUGCCUUCUGCUCGCUAUUUAUUGAUUAAAUAUGGUACUUAUUUAAUUAAG